UGGCUCGGGGGGAGAGGCGCCCCGAGGAACGCCCCAGAAGCUGAAACGCCAUCAGUCUCACAGGGCCGGAUGUUGUGUCGACGGACAACACAAAACACACAAGGGCGAAAGGAGGGCCUGGCUGGAGCCCCUCGAGAACAAAACACGCUGAGGGGGAAAAAACCCCACAACCUUCGCUCCCAAGCGGCGUAAGAGGGCGGAGUCGUUCCGCUUCCCACAAACAGAACUUGUGGGGGAUAUGACCAGUAAAAUGGUGCCAAAUGACUAGGAUGGAAGCUUAAUAAAACAGUUCCCAUUUUACAAAAUCCUGAUAGCAAGAGGAAACCUUCCCUGCUGUGGAAGCUGCCUCUUCUUCUGCUGCCCCAAUAAAACAGAGACAACAAGUUCUUCACCACAGCACAAGUGGACAAUAUGGUAGAUUACUAUGAAGCGCUGGGAGUGCCCCGCAAUGCCUCACCAGAUGACAUCAAGAAGGCGUACAGGAAGAAAGCCCUGCAAUGGCACCCGGACAAAAACCCAGACAACAAGGAAUUUGCUGAACAGAAGUUCAAGGAAAUAGCAGAGGCCUAUGAAGUGCUCUCGGACAAGGGCAAGCGUGAAGUCUAUGACCGAUAUGGCAAAGAAGGUCUCAUGGGUGCAGGUGGGCCCAGUGAAUCCAGGCCUCACGCAGGGCCUGAGUUCACCUUCACUUUCCGCAGCGCCCAUGACGUUUUCCGGGAGUUUUUUGGAGGGCGAGAUCCUUUUGCUGAUUUCUUUGAUGACCCUUUCUCUGACUUGCAUGGGCCUGGCCCCCGACAUCCCGGAGCUGGACCGUUCUUCUCACCAUUUCAAGCAUCCCCUGAGUUCUUUUCCCCCACGCUUGGUCCAGGUGUCAGUGGAGGAAUGGGAUUCAGAUCUGUCUCCACUUCCACCAGGUUCAUCAACGGCAAACGCAUCACAACCAAGAGGAUCAUUGAAAACGGGCAAGAGAGAGUGGAGAUGGAAGAGAAUGGGGAGCUGAAAUCUAUCCAGAUUAAUGGUGUUCCAGACGACUUGGCGCUCGCCUUGGAGCUGAGCCGGCGGGAGCAGCAGCAGCAGCAGGCCCUGCAAAACCGUAGGGUGUCGUCUUCUCCCCCGGCCACGCCACCUCAGCGGCCUCCCCCGAAGCGCCCAUCCCCCAGCUUGUCUCCACUGACCUUGUACACGGACAGCGACGAGGACGACGAGGACUUGCAGCUGGCGAUGGCCUACAGCCUGUCUGAGAUGGAGGCCAAGGGCCAGCACAGAGCAGGUGUGUUCUGAGUCUGGAAGAGCCAUGGGGAUGGCCUCUCUAGCAUUCGUGCUCACAGAAGGCUACUCAAGCCUGGACUUCGCUUUCUGUCCUCCCUACCUGAGCUCUCUGCCAGGGAGCCAGGCAGGGGCCGAGUGUGUGACUUCCUCCCCAUUAGUUCCUCUCUGCUGCGUGUCAUGUAGUAUUCACUCGCUUGGGAGGGUCAGGCCUGGUGCAGCCUGGUUGAUGUGCAAGUAGCUGUGUCAAUGCUCCUGAACUAAUUGCUCUGAGGAGGGGUAUUCCCUGGCCCCAGGAAGCCUCCUCCUCCUCCUGAUGGUGGUCCCCUACUUCACCAGUGCCCUACUUGCCUUGCACGAGAGGAUCCUCCAUAAGGAGUGAGAUGAACUUUGCUGAGAGGAUGGAUGACAUCAGACUACUCAGGGUGGCAGGAAUGUUGUUAUGGGUGGGGGAGCAAGGAGGCCUUCCUGGAAGGGACCCCUUGGCCAUAAAGCACAAUGCUUUUUGUGUUUCUGUAGUAGUCCUGUGGUGGGAUUGGGGACAGAGAAGGAGAGCCUUCAGGUUGAGGCGUAGGGCAUCCCUUUCCCACACAGUGAAGGCCACAUGCUCAAGAGCCAAGGGUUAGAAACCAGAUUCUCCCUUCAGAGCAAUAGGGACUCUUCCAGACCAGGCCUCCCAGAGAAAGAGAGAGAGCACAAUAGCAUCAGCAACGAAAGAGGAGGCUACAACUGCCUGUUCCCCCAUCCUGCUGGAAACGCUCUCCCUGAAUUCACAGGGCAACAAUGAACACAAACCUGCUCAACAUGUAUGUAAUUUGAGGAAAGGGCAAAUGAUCUCUUUAGAAACUUAAAACUGUUGGCCUGAUGUAUAGAAUGGAAGACAUUUAUCAAUAAACCUCUUUGCAGUUAA